AAAGGUGUGGAAAAAGUAUCCCUUAAUUUCCGCUUACUAUACAUCUAUUUCCAUAUUGGUUCUAUUCCUUAAAUCAUAUCAUCUCACAUUAUUAGGAUGGAAUUCUACCCUGCAGAAAGCAUUAUCCAGGUUGACCAAACUGAUGAAUGGUCAAUGGAAUACCCACUCCUUACAUGUGGAAACAGGUCGGGAUCUGGCCUUACGCCUUCUGAAAGCAACUGGGCAGCAUUCACUACUGAGUUGCAAAAUACGGACUCUCCACCUAUCGAGUACGGUAGCGUUGAUAUGACAAAGGAGGUUUUGCAUGAUCCUUACAUACCAUUCAAUACGCAGUUUGGAGAACCAUUAAAGCCUGUUAUCGAAGGUUGCGUCAUGAUGGACACUUCACAGCAGUUAAAGCCGAAGCUUUUACUUGGGUCUCUCACUCCUAUGGCUAAUUCGGAAUCUUCAUCCGCGCCUUCUAUAAGAUCGAAGCCAGUUGCAAAACAGCUAUUAUCACAAGACACUUCCGUACAGCAUAGGCGCCGAUCUACACACUCCGGUAAUAAAGAUGAUCCAACAAUCCACAUUCUGCGGAAAAUAAGGCACAAUCAAGUUGAAAAGCGCUACCGAGCAGAUCUAGAUGCUAGAUUCAAGCAACUCGAUGAUGCCACCAGACAAGGAACUGCAGCUGCAGGUUCUGAUGCUAAGUCUGCGAAGGGCAGGAGACCGGGUAGGAAGGCAUCGAUUCUACAGAAUGCAUCUGAUCGUAUUAUAAGUCUUCAGACUAAGCUCAAAACAUUGCAGACGGAGAUAGAAGCUUUGUGAAGUUGUAUUCUGGAUCAUUAUCUACUUCCUGGACAAGGAUGGCCCUGACUUUCAUUCAACGACAGCCAUGUGAUGAAUGACUUCAAAACGUAAUGCUGCAACAUGCUGAAAUACACACCUUUGUUUGGAACUCCAGCGUUGGGAUCCAUAUCGACAUGCAUCGCCUUUGUUUGGGCUCCACCCGCCCAGAAGCAGUUGAGACGGUUCGGAUGAUCACUGGGGCAAUCUAUUAAUCCCCGUCAAGCUCUA